AUGUUUAUGGACAUCACUGAGUUGGCAUCAGACCAAAUUAUUGAAGCUCUUGAGGACUUUCAUUUUCCAUUGAAGAAUGGCAAGUAUCCUCCAGCCUUACCCCCUUUGCUGUCCCUGGAACCUGUGGAGGGCAAACUCAACUCAAGCUUCUAUGAAGGUUUUGAGUCAAUUUUGGGCUUACAGCAAAACAAAGAUUCUCUGGACGAGCUGUUUGGACUGGUAAAAUGUGAGGAGAUGGCUAAAGUCAACAGCAAUCUGUCUCACAGUAAAUUCAAUGGAAACAUCUUUCAAUUUGUGGAGAUUGACAGUUAUGAGACACCUAAGAAAAAUCUCAAAGCCAUAGUCUGCCUUAUUAAGCCAAUGAUCAGUUCCUUUAAAAAGAGUGAGCAGACAAAUGAAAACACCUGCAACAAGGAGGCUAUAAAACAGGUUGAAGUCCAUCCACAGAUUAAGGACACACCUGAACAACUGGAGCCUCUGUCAGUCAAACCAAAGAUCUACAACGCAUUUGCCCAGCCCACACAUCCACUCAGAGGCAAAAACCCAACCCCAGACACGUGGCAGGAGAGAACUUGUGUGGGUCGCUGUGGAGAGGCCUUCUCGAGAGGACAGCAGUGCACAUGCGACCUGCAGUGUGCUUCUCACAAUGAGUGCUGCCAGGACUUCCAGGCUGUGUGCACUAUAGCUCAGUCCUGCAGUGGACGCUGUGGUGAGCCAUUCGUUCGUGGUCGAUUGUGCAACUGUGACCCUCAAUGUGUCCAGUUCAACACCUGCUGUCCUGACUAUCACCUGCAAUGCGAUGCCAGAGUGUCACAACAGAAAGGGUAUGUACCUCCAAGAGUCACUUCUAGAGGGAGCCACAGGCCAAUAAAUGGGAGGCGGAGGUCAAACAGUGAAAGUGAGGAGAAGUUACUGUUGGCUGCAGCUAGACACUCUUGUAAAACAGGAGCCAAGUGUGUUGUAGUUUCACCAUCAAGACCUGUGUCCACUGGUGUACAAACAACACUGGUACAAGCCCAUGUGCCCGUACAACCCAUCUACCCUCCUCCUCCAAGAUCUGCAGGAAAAAUGGACUUUCACCUGGUCCUCUCUCACGCUGGAGUUUCUGUGCCGAGACAAAAUCCAGCUAUGAUUGUCCCACCUGUUAUAAGGCCCAGACCAAACCCUCUCCAUGAUCUUGCUGCAGCUCUGGGCUUGCCUCUUCUUCCAGAGAGAGGAUUGGUGGAUGACUUGUGCAGUGAUACUCCAAUCAGUGGGCUGACGGCUCUGAGCAACGGGACUAUUGUGAUCUUCAAAGGUGAGUUGUUCUGGACAGUGGACCCAGAGACCCAUUACAUCAGUCACCCGAACAGCAUAUCCAAAAUUCUGGGCAUCCCAUCUCACAUCGACACCGUCUUCACUCGAAGCAACUGUCAGGGAAAUGUCUAUGUCUUUAAGGGGAACCUUUAUUGGCGUUUGGACAGAAACCUCAUCCUUGAGCCUGGAUUUCCCAAACCUCUUUCCCAUGAGUUUCCAGGACUGACUCCAGGACUCACUGCAGCUUUGUCAGCUCCAGCCACAGUGAGCAGAGCCGAGACAGUUUUCUUCUUCAGGAGAGGUGAAAUCAUCCAACGUUUCACUUUCCCAUCAUCUAAUAUUCCUGCAUGUAGUAUUACUCCAAGAGGGUUUAUGAAUACACAAGUGGCUCGUCAAACUGAGGUGCUGUUGAGUCAGGAGAUCCAGAUUAAAGUGACAAUGAAGGGAUUCCCUGUGCCCAUCACCUCUGCCCUGACUGCUCCCAUCCCAAUGAAGGCCAACACAUAUGAGCACUAUGUCUUCUCUGGACCUUUGUUCUUCAGCGUGUCAGUGACUGAAGACCUGCCUGCUCUGGUUGGACCGAAUCAUCCUCGUCCUGUGGUUCUGAGUGUUCCCGUCGCUGUGGAGACUAGCGUCACUAACAUUGUCACAGUGAUCAGAGACCCGCCUCCUCCUCCUCCAGAGAACUCCCUCAGAGUCUGGCUCCAGUGUCCCGCAUAAAACAGCUAUCUACUGGUAUUACUAAUGCAAGGAUAUGAGCAUAAACACCAUACUAUAUUACCUCUAUGGCGUGAUCACAUGUAAGCGUUGAUCUGUAUGCUAAAAAUGCCUGUAUAGAUGGAUAA